AAAAGGAUACAUUUAUUUGCUCGUCUUGUCAUAAAAACAUUAAUGAAAUUCUAACUAAUGAGAACUCUAUGUUUGACAGAAAAAUGGGUAAAGAUAAUAUCCAUCUUACAUUUCUUGUUAUUUCUACUGGUAUAUUUUUUGGGUACCGAAGUAUACCCAAUGGAAUUUCUAUUUCUAAAAAUGAAUCUGUUGACGCAUUACAUACUAAAAUCUGGAAUUACUACUUUAAUGAGUACGGAAAUGUUUUCUUUAAUCUUCGUGCAGUCGAUAUUGAACGUAGAGAAUAUGUGC